AUUUAUUUCAAUAAAAAAUUUAUCAAGAAUAUUGCUGAAUUAUUUAUUUAUAAAUCAUCAUAAAAAUUAUCAUUAUUUAUUUACAAAUAAUUGCAUAUAUAAAAAAUUUUGAAAGCAUCAACUUAACGUUUUUAUACUGAUACCAGUAAUGGUUUAAUUUUUAUUUAAAAAUUCUCGAAUAUGAAGUAGGACACGAAAGUGCGUUCACCGAGUAUUUUGCAACAAAUCAAUGCAAAAGAAAAGGAUCGCGCUUAUCGUUAGAGCAAGAAAGCGCGCGCACACAAUUCUUGCACAUGACGAAAAUUACGUGCGCGGAAAGCAAAAUCGGCGAUUGGGAACGGAAGAAGGAUAAUUGUGCAGUCUUUCCACUACCUUAUCAGUAUCCAUACAAUGAUUUUUUGCCAGAAAAUCAUUGAAUGCCGGAAUCAUUUUUUCAGAAAUAAAAUCAGAUUUUACAUGACUUCCGAUUAAUUUGGUUUGGCAAUGGAAUUUCAAUAAUUAAAAUUGAAGUUGAGUGUAAUUGGAAAAUCGCCGUAACGUGCAAGAAGGAAACUGAAUGUGCAUAAAGGAUGUGACGUAUUCGGUGCGCAAUCCGAUUGGCGGACGUUGUCUACAAACACCCCCCACCACUGGAAAUAGGCGGAGUGAGUCAGUCGAGCCCGUCCACGUCGUUGCUGGCUGCGCAGCAGCCCGAUCAGAACAGUUCCAGAUGUGGCCAUGUUUAGUUAAAACUUUGCUCAAGUUCUCGAUAUUCUCGUCAUAAAUUAUCACAGCAACGUCGCAACGACAAUACUCGCGCGAGACUCUCCCGGAUCUCUCACUCAGAGCGCAAUAAGCAUUGUAAUAACUGCUGCUACAACAUCAACAGCAAACAACCAAUUUUUCUUCUUUUUUUGCUUUUAUAUUCUCUCUCUUUCAAUUUCUCUUCAUUAUCCGCGGCGCUGCCAAUCACGGCCUCUCCCGCGUGUCUUCCAUCUUUUUAUUUCUUUCUCACGUAGUUUUCUCUCUCGCAGACACCCGACAUUUUUGACUCAUUUGUGAACGAGUCGAUUACUUUCGCAGUUUUUUUUCCUAGCAAGCGCAACGCUCGGAAAAUGAAAAUCAAUUGCUCUGUGGAAGAGUUACGGUACGACAACAUACAGACACGCAUACAACAGACUUGUUUCAAAUCAUACUAGCAUCAUCGGCCAUGUUUCUAUUUCUCGAGCAAAUGCUCUCUUCGUUUCCUACACACACGCACACGCAGACACACAGACAAAAUUCUCAUUCGAACGUAUUUUCUCAAGGAAGUUUCUUCGAGAGUAAGUUGAUCAUCAUUUUCACUCUAGAGUGCAAUGUGUAAGUGUGCCUAGCCUUGGAUAACACACUUCCGUUAUCUGCUGGCGUAUACACAGCUGACGCUCUCACGUACAUUCGUAUACAAAUACAUACCCAAUACGACAAACGAACGACGCUACGCUCACAUACACUGUUGCGCGCGCAACGCGUCCGGAAGAGGGGAAGGGAUACAAGACGACGAAAACUGAUCGAUCGAUGCGCAGGUUAUGAUCGUCGCGGUGGACUUUGGUUUAUAUUCAUGGAAGGGUAUAUAGAUAUAUGCGUAUAAGACAUUUAGAUAUUAGGCUGAACACAAAAAGCAGACAUCGUGUGAGUGAUUUAUAGUCUCCUCCGUGUACCCGUAUGCAACAAUUUUUGCGUACGCACACAAUUUGGCAGCCAUUGUUGAGAAAAAUCAAUGGAGAAGACACAAUGACGCCAACGAGAGAGAGCACCUUUUCAUAAUCUCUAAUUAUACGUCAUACAAUAUAACGUAUCAAACACUCGGUUUAUGCUUUACGAAGCACAAUUAUGGCCCUCGAAAGUGUUUCCGCGGUUGAGACCGCUAUACAAAGCAACGCCGACGACAAUGACUUGGAAGAUGGAGAGAUACCAUCGGAUGAGGACGAUGAGCCGGCACAGCCGCCGCCGAUCCAACCAAACCGAUUAUCCCCGGAGCUAGCAGCCAAGGAAAUUAUCCCACUAAACAAGACUGAGUCGUCGCCAAAGCACAAGAGCUUCGACAAAUUUGCCAAAAGCAAAUCCAAAUCACCCACCAGCGGCACCGACAGACUCAAUCGUCAAAAGAGUGCUGCCAGUGACGACUUCGCCGGUGACGUGGAGAAAGCCAUCAGAGCAGCUCUGGACGAGGACAGAGGGAAAUAUGAGAAAGCUCGAAAUAAGAAUGAUAAGAGCAGCAAAGCUCGCAGUAGGAAAAGGUCGCAUGACAAGGACGACGAACGAGCCAGAGAUCAAAAGAAAAAACGCACGAGCGACGAUGAGAAUGGGAACGAAGACGAUGACGAGAUGCUGUUCGUCAGAGGUGCAUCGCCGGUCAGGAGAGGCUCGCACGAAAGUUCACCCGUUAGGCGAGAUGACUGCUACAACAGCGGCUCGGAUUACGACGACCGUAACAUCUCUAAUCGGCAUAGAGAUGAUAGCAAGCGAGGUGGAGCACGAUGGUCGCAAGAUCGUAACAAACAACCUCCACUGUCAGUGGCAGCAGCUCGACGGAACGUCAAACAGAACGAUCGCUUGGGUAACAAGGCUGGCAUCAAGGCUCGUAUGCAGUUGCGAGGCGAACGAAAUAAUCGUCGCAAUCAGAAUGAUCACGCGUAUCAGGAUCCCGAUGCUAUCUGCGUGUACUACAUGCAAGGCAAGUGUCACAGGGGCGACGACUGCCCGUUCUCCCAUAAUGCGCUACCACCCAGGAAGAUGGAACUUUGUAAAUUCUACCUGAUGGACUGUUGCGCCAAGAGGGACAAGUGCCUCUACAUGCACCACGAUUUUCCAUGUAAAUUCUUUCACACUGGCUCGAAAUGUGUCGCCGGUGAGAACUGUAAGUUCUCACAUCAGCCCAUGAGCGAGCAGGUGAAGAACAUCUUGCUAAAACACUUAGAGACUGCUCCCAAAGAGAUUUUAGGAAAUUUCCCGCGACUGAGUAGAGAAGGCGCAUUGCACAUGAUCAAUAUGACCGAAAAGCAGUUGACAGGUCACGAUGCACCUAGAAUUCCUAGUCUCUUUGACCUCAAAGUUUCAAAUUCAUUCGAUACCACGCACAUCAAUGACCACGGAAAUAACGAAAUGGACGAUCAUAAGCAUACGCACAAAGAUCGUAAGUCGUUAAAAAAGACACGAUGGGGCUCGGAUGACGACCGAGUGCCGCUUGACGUACUCAACAAGUUUGCUUUACUCGGCAAAGAGUCAAGCGGUACGGCGGUCAAUUUUUACAACGAAAACGACUCGAAGGUAAAGGAGAGGGACGAGCGGGAACGUGAAGAGAGACCAAAGACGAAGGAUUUGGCGAGUUUGAACGCCAUUCCCAAAGACGUGGACUUGAGACAACUGUUGAGGCCAAAAACACCGAAAACUGUUAAUGUUACGGAUGAGGUGGCGAAUUCGGCUAUGGCAAAGAUGGAAGAGGGAAACGAUCGAGAUGAGGAUACUAGCUUGGUCAUCGAGACGCCUACCGAUGAUGAAGAUAAGAGUAAAACGAGAGUAUCGCCAAGUCUGGGUAGUCAGAUUAUACCAUCGAGCUUGUCAAAGAAAACACAAGAGCUAUUUAUGCGAAUACAGCAGCAGCAGAAAGAACAAGAGGAUAGUUUCAAAAAUUUAGAUAACAAUGAGGAUCAGCAUGUGAACGAGGAAGACUGGUACUCGGAUGAUGAUGACGAUGAUGAUGAUUAUCAACUAACAAUCGUCGAUUUCGAGAAAGAGAAAGAAGAAGAGGAACAGAAAUUGAAAACAGAAGAAGAACCAUUGCAGCAGUCAGGUAUUCCUCAACCCGCACCGUUCGUCGACUCCAAGCUUGGUGAUUUGAGCAAAAUUGAUAUCAGUAUGGAGGUCUCGAAAUUGCUGUCGUCAAUAAAAGCACAAAGUAAUCAGAAGCAAGAGAAAGAGGCAUUGAAAACCAGACAAGAGUCUACUGAGAUAGAUACGAAACCCGAGUUGCCUUUAACGAACAGAGUCUUAGAAAGCGAACACUCCGAUCCCAAAAUGUCACCUUCUUCAAAUAUAUUGCAAUCAACUACGGUAUCUCGAGACCCGCGAAUGAGCCGUGAUCCACGUCAAAGAAGGGAUGAACCUCGACAACCAUUGCUUGGAGCUGCUACACCUGUCGCAAAAACUGAUCCAAAAGACGCGCGUUCGAUGCGACUAGAAAUGAGUAUCUACAGUUCUGGUAUUAUUGCCGAGGACGCAAUAAUGGACGUAGAUUUAAGAGCGAAACUCGAUCACGAUCACCGACGCAAAGACAUGGAUCUUAGGUGUUUCCCUCCAGGGCAGUCAUUCGGCGACACGGAUUUGCGACUUGGAGUUGGAGGCUACAACGUCGAUACACCCAAAGGUGGAGACGUAGAUCUCAGAAUGUUGAGUAUGUCGUUCAAGCCUGUACCUUCACAUGUACCGUGCACAGAACUCGAAGCGGGAAUUACCUCGCAUCCACCCAUACCAUAUAAGGUGUACGUGAUUGAUGUGCCAAGACCUGAUUAUACCGGUCUCAAGAUAUCGAAAAACGAUCCCCAAGUGCAGUACGAUCCGAGAUUACGGAAAAUACUGCGGAUAAGCGACGUACCUGAAUCGCCAAUGUCGCCGCCACCUGUAAAAAUGUUAGAUACUCCAAAAUCCCCACCACUGGUACGUACUGAUCCGAGGCGUAAAGCUCUCGAGGCCGCCACUCAACCCAAAAUCAUACCUACGACAGUGCAACAGCAUGCGGUUCAAGAGCAUCCUAAUAUCGGUGGUAUGCCUAUGGGAAUGAGCUCUAGCUAUAUGCAAAAUCCAACUGCUAUACCAGUCCAAUCAAUAGGUUCAUCCAUGGGCCCACAGCCAUUAAUGGGUGCACCGAUGCUGGGUGGCAUGGGCCCGAUGAUGCGCGAUGGUCCAGUACUGAGUCGUGAAAUGCCAGUCAUAGGUCGCGAUGUACCAGUCAUGGGUGGAAACGGUGGUAGUUCCAUGGGUCCGCCUAAUAUGCGAAUGGGUUCAAGAAUGCAACAACAUCCUGGUCCUCAAAGUCAAAUGCGUGAUUAUGGUGAUCCUCGGUAUAACUCACGGGGAGAAAACAAUGUUGGAUUACUCGGUCCUGGGCCACAGCAAAUGGGUGGUUACAGAGAUGACCCGAGGUCGCAAUUUGACGGACCACCCGGUCGAUAUCCCGUCGACAAUUAUGAUAAUUAUGGGAAUGGGCCAAAUAUGGGUCGAGGGGAAUUGAGGAUGGAAAGAGGUUUUAACGGAGGAUUAGACGAGUCGAAUUUCUCUGGAAACUCGGAUUGGGGCGGAAAUCAAGGUAGAAUGAAUAGAAAAGAUAGGAGAAGAACUACUCGAGGGAAAUUUGGUGGCUUACUGAAGCGAAAAGAUUAAACGUAAUGAAAUAGGGGAAGAGAUGUAAUGAAAAUUUAUUUAAGGAGUUUUCCAGAAACGCAUGAUUCGUACAAACGAUUCGUUGGAAGACGUUAACCAAUGAGCUUAACGUUGUUACUAUCGAAACUAUACAUCAUUCUGUUAAAAUCUAAUAGUCUCAUAAAUUAUUACCAAAACGUGGUGAAUAUUAUUACGGUUCUUCGCGAUGAAAGACCCGUGUAUUCCAAAAGAAAGGAAAGUCCUUUACAUACAGUAACGCAAGCGAUUGUUUAAAAGAUUGCGUAUAUUCAAACUAGUAAUUAAAUAAAUUUAAAAAAAAGAAAAUAGUUUGAUUAACUUGCGAAGUCGUUUUUGAUAACGUACAAUAAUUGUGGGUCUUGCCCAAUUUUUGUUUAAACGAAUAUUUAUUGUACAUAAACGAGGUACGAAAGUUUCGAGAUUGUAGGUGUUACAUUAUCGAGAACCAAUGUGGCCGUUCCGAUUGAACACAUUAGAAUGUAAAAAGCUCGCCGAAUAAACUUUUUAUUCUACUUGCUCGAAGUUUAUUUUUCUUACGUCUUCCGUGUACAUAAUUCAUACGCGAUACGUUAUGUACAUAAUAUGUAUACACAAUUAUUAUAAUUGUAUAGGGUUCGCUCUAACCCUUACAUGGUUAUAUUUGUCUACUUUUAAUGAACUCUGAUUUUAUAAGAUAUUAAA